AGACCCGGCCCAUUCAUUUGUGUCCUUUAUAGUGGACAUUUUGUUCACCUGUAUUUUCUUUUACUAUUUUGAGUUACCCUAUCAAGCCCUGCAUUACUCUUUAGAGGACAUCCUGGGCUUUCCAGUGAUGUGUCAUGUGAUAGGUUUGCAUGCUGGGAACUCACUUUUUCUUUUCAAUCAAAAUGGCUGGCAUACCAACAACCACAUUUUAUGGAAAGAGGAAAGAUUCACACCUGUGCUACCUGGGCUUCCUGUCUGUCAAGAUGACCCUAAAAUCCGAGAACACUGGAGUCCAAUCCAAUACUUUUCGCAGUACAUCGACGACAAAAUCUUUGAAGAUUUGGCAGCUUUUACAAAUCAAAGACAGCUGCAAACGACAGGAGUGUCACUAAAUACUACUGCUCAAGAAAUCAAGAUUUUCUUUGGCAUAUCAGUACACAUGGCCUGCCUUGGCUAUCCCAGAGUUAAAAUGUUUUGGGCUAAAAAAACUAAAGUGCCAGUUAUUAGCAGGAAAAUGACAAGGGAUAGAUUCUACAAGCUGAGAAGCUCACUCAAGAUUGUUGAUGAUCUGGAUGUAACAGAAGAGACAAAGGAGUCAGACAUUCUUUGGAGAGUCAGACCAUUGCUUGACCGUGUGAGGCAAGGUUGUCUCAGACUUCCAAGGUAUAAUAAGGUCUGCAUUGAUGAGCAAAUCGUCCCUUUCACAGGCCGCUGUCCAGUCAGGCAAUAUGUCCCAGGCAAGCCAAACCCUACUGGCCUAAAAGUCUUUGUCCUUGCCUCUCCAAAUGGUCUAGUACUGGAUUUUGAGGUGUAUCAAGGGAAGAAUACGUUCAGGGGCCAAAGGUUGGGAGUUGGAGCUGCAGCAGUCUUGCAAUUGGUUGAAUCUCUUCCCACAGGAACCUGUGUAUUCUUUGAUCGAUACUUCACAACAAUCGAUCUCAUGGAUGCUUUGCUUGCAAAGGGUCUUCCAGCAACUGGAACAAUAAUGAGGAACCGAGUACCAAAGCCAUGCCAGCUACCAGGAGAUAAGCAGUUGCGAAAAGAAGGGAGAGGAGCAUCAGUGACGAUGGUCCGGAGGAGGCCUGAGCUGGCAAUCACUAAAUGGUUUGACAAUAAACCAGUGUUGAUGGCUUCCACUGUGUAUGGGAAAGAUCCAGAAGAUAUCUGUAGCAGAUGGUCCAACAAAGAAAAGGCUCAUGUCCAGGUGCGACGACCAGCAGUGAUCAGAGAAUACAAUGACAACAUGGGUGGCGUAGACUUGUGUGACCGAAUGCUGAGCUUUUAUCGCAUGUCAACCAGGACCAAGAAAUGGACAUCACGUGUGAUCGCUCAUUUCUUUGAUGUUGCCAUUACAAACGCUUGGAUCCAAUACAAGUCUGACAGUAAAGCGAUUAAUCGAUCAUCUAAGAACACCCAACAGUAUCUGGACUUCAAAUUGCACCUGGCUGAAGAGCUGUUGGAUAGUCCUUCAUUUGAUGACAGCAGUGAAGACAGUGAAGAAGAGUAUCAGCCACCAACCAAAACAAGGAUCCCUCAACCAGAGCCCUCUGUACGCAGACUAGGGGCCAGGCACAUGCCAGAGAUGGUGGAUAUCAAGCAUGCAGAAAGAUGCAGGAAUAAGGGCUGCAAUGGCAAGACAUACAUGAGGUGUACCAAAUGCAAGAUGUUUCUCUGCAUCACCAAAAGGAAAACGUGCUUCCAGGAUUAUCACCGCUAAAAUAUCCAAAAGAAGAACUGUAGAACUGCUUAUGUUCAAUGUUCAACUAAAUACACAGGCAACUAUUGUCCUUGCAAGCAAUAAGCAACAGAAAACAACGAAGAGUGAUAAAGAAUUUAGUUUUUGAUCAAAUUAAAUUUAUUCUUUUGUUAAUAUUACUCUAAAGCGAUAAUCUGCUCAUUUUCUAAAUUCAGUUGUAUUUUUACACAAAAAUCAUCCUGUUGUCCACUACAGUGGACAUGCUGUGAAAUUAAAAAUAAAAAUAUUUUUUUAAAAAA